GCACUCGUUCCUUCCUCCUUAAUUAAUUCCAUAAUCCCUCCCCCUCCCUUCUCCAUUUCGUCUUCUUUCGUCGUAAACCCUCACGUUAUUUUACUAUUUGUUAAAAACAAAUUGUGGCGGAGGAGUAGAAGAGGUCUCCAAGGUCCGUUCUUUUUCUUGGCUUCCCCUGUUCUCCUCCAAUGGUGAAUAUCUGAUAGCGUCGAUCAAAAAUAGAAGGAAAGAAGGAGAAGAAUUUGGGGAGGGGGAGGGAAACGUCGUCGGAGAUCGAGAUCAUGGUGCCACAGGGGGAGGGGAACAGCACCAUCCAUCCACUGGAGGCGAAUACGAUCGCUCCGCCACCGCCGCGGGAGCAACCAGAGCUGCGGCCGUUCCGCCGUUGGGCGCCGUGGCUGGUGUCAGUGUUCGUCGUCGCGAACGUUGUCAUGUUUCUCGUCACGAUGUACGUCAACAAUUGCCCGAAGAAUUCGCCCAGGCCCUGCGUCGCUUCCUUCCUCGGGUGGUUCGCGUUCAAUUCCCUCAGGGAGAAUCCACUCUUCGGCCCUUCCUCAUCUACGCUAGAGAAGAUGGGUGCUCUAGUUGUGACUAAAGUGGUUAAAGAACACCAAGGAUGGCGCUUGAUCACUUGCAUUUGGCUGCAUGCCGGAGUCAUCCAUUUACUUGCCAACAUGUUGUGCUUGCUUUUAAUUGGAGUUCGACUUGAACAAGAAUUUGGGUUUGUGAGAAUUGGCUCGCUAUAUGUUAUGUCUGGGUUUGGUGGGAGCGUACUUUCUGCUCUCUUUAUCCAAUCAAGGAUCUCAGUCGGCGCCUCUGGUGCACUUUUUGGGUUACUUGGAGGCAUGCUUUCUGAGCUUAUAACCAAUUGGACAAUCUACACAAAUAAGUUUACAGCAUUGUUGACCCUCAUAUUCAUCAUUGCAAUUAACUUAGCUGUGGGACUCCUCCCGUUCGUGGACAACUUUGCUCAUAUUGGAGGAUUUAUUUCAGGGUUCCUUCUUGGAUUUGUGUUUCUUAUUCGCCCUCAAUUUGGGUGGAUUAGCCAAAAGAAUGUUCCUCCUGGAUAUCACACAGGAUCACUCAAACGCAAGCACAAGAUCUAUCAGUAUAUACUGUGGAUCAUUGCUGCCAUAUUUCUAAUUGUUGGGUUCAUUGUUGGCCUAAUUAUGCUGUUUCGAGGGGUCAAUGCAAAUGACCAUUGCUCCUGGUGCCAUUAUCUAAGUUGUGUCCCUACUUCAAAAUGGAGCUGCAAGUCAUCAGCCAUCUGCUUUUCAGCUCAAGAUGAAAAUGGUUUGAAUUUGACAUGCCAAAGUUAUGGAAGAAACCUAACCUAUUUCUUUCCUAGUUCAAGUGAAACUCGGAUAAACGAACUGUGCGACCAGCUUUGCAGUUGACAAGUCCAUUCUUUGUUUUUCGGGACCCUCAUUUAUUCUUUGUCUGUGAAGAGAUGCUUAUAAGCUUCUGUAGCCUGUCAGCAUUUUGUAAAAUAGCCAGAGAGGGUUCCUUGUAAAAGCCCCUAUCCACAUGGCUUGAAAUAACAGAUCAUAGAUAGCUCGAUCUCUUAUAGAAAAUCCCUGGGAGAAAGACAUGAUGUGCAGAUACAACAUGGCUCGUCAUCAAGUUAGAAGCAAAAGCCCAAAAUCCUUGAUAUCGAAAGAAUGGCCAACAGAAACAGAGAUGGUCAAUAGACACUAGACAGGUUGGUUCUCCUUUAUCCUAGUGGUAUACUUGUUCUGUCUGCUGAAAAACCUGCUGUAGAUGUAUUGAUUGCUCAAGCUCUAGCUUUUGACAUGUGGUUUUGCUUAGAUUUUGAGCUGUGCCUGAAAUCUUAAAAUCAAUCUGUACUCUUUUUUUCAUUUCUGCAUCAAGUGUUGAAACUAGCUUGUUUAAC